GCUGGCAUUCUCUCUCUCUCUCUCUCCUCUUUCUUCAAACUCAUCUUCCAACAAGCUAACCCUCCUCCUCAAGCAUUAACUACUACUAUAAUAAUCACUUAAUCAUCAGAAUAUUUGCUUCAUUUUUUCCCUCUCUUAAUUAUUACUCUUUUUUGUUUUCUGUUUCUUUCAUAAAAAACAUUUGACCUACUUUCCUAAUAUCCUUGCCCUUUAAGCACCCACUUAAUUUCUCUCUAUUUUCCUCCUUUUCUUCUCCUUUUUGAUUCCCUCUGUCUCUGCUAGAUCUCCUCCUUGAUCUGGACAACCAACUAGCAUGCCUGAAUGUCCACAGACAGGGACAGAUUUGAUGAGAUAGGAAAGAAUUUCAACAGAGAGAUAUCUGAUCCUGAUGCAUCGCCUCCAAUGGGAAGGAGACAUGCAUUAACCCCACCUCCUGGUUUUCUGAACACUGUUACACCUUGCGCUGCUUGUAAACUCUUAAGAAGAAGGUGUGCUGAAGAGUGUCCUUUCUCUCCAUAUUUUUCUCCUCAUGAACCCCGCAAAUUUGCUGCUGUCCACAAAGUCUUUGGUGCAAGCAAUGUCUCCAAGAUGCUAAUGGAGGUGCCUGAUAGUCAAAGAGCAGAUACAGCAAAUAGUCUAGUUUAUGAAGCAAAUUUGAGAAUAAGAGAUCCAGUGUAUGGCUGCAUGGGUGCAAUUUCAGCUUUACAACAACAAAUUCAAUCAUUGCAAGCAGAACUCACUGCAGUAAGAUCUGAGAUAAUCAAAUACAAGUAUAGAGAAGCUACUAGUAACUUCUUCCCCUCCACUGCUCAUGAUGCAUUAGUUUCUUCUGGGUCAUUGUUAUCCAUUACUGCUGAACCAUCAAAACCUACUCUCACUCAUCCGCCUCCACCUCCUCCACCGCCACCGACAUCACCACCGGCACCACCUCCUUCUACUCUUGUUUCUUCAUCUUCUAUAUCUACUCUAUACACACCAUCACCUUCCUCAAUGGGUUACAGCUCCAUUAAUUUCCAGUGUUGAUGUUCCAUAUUUUGAUUAAUUUAAUAGAGACCAUAGUUUUUAUGACUCGUUAAUUUCCAUGUCAAAAGUUUUUAAAAGUUAGAGGAGCAUGGCCACCCUCACCCCUUGUUAUCUCCGUCACCGAGCCCAAAACCGAUUCCGCAUCAUGUUUCAAAGGCUUGAAGCUUUCCAUAUUGUGUCUAUACUACUGAAUUGGUUUAGUUCUUGCUUAAUAAUUUUUCUACUAUUAUUCCAAAAAGAAGGGCGACCGACUACUUUCAUAUUUUUGCAUCCAUUAUUUGCUGUGUCGAAACAUUAAAUUUUUCUUAGUUUUCUUCAUAUA